AUGUCGGAUUCGUUUUUCUCGGACCCUACAAAGAAGAGAAAGCGUCCAUCGCGAGGACCCGAGAGGGCCAGAAAACAGCGUGCAGUAGCUUCAAAUGCCAAACAAAAAGAAGAUCACGAGAGCUCCAGCGAUAUAGACGAGGAGGAAGUGAAAAGUGAUAUAUUCGAUGAAUCGUCUGCAGCUGAAUCAGAGGAAGAAGAGGACAAUUCCAGUGAAGAUGAACACGCGGGUGAAAGUGCUGCAGAGAAAAGACGACGCAUGGCGAAGCAGUAUUUGAGCGAAUUACAGGCAGAAGCUGAGGUGUAUGACUUUGAUGCCAAGGAUUUAGACGAUGACAUUAUUGCUUCCAGGUUGCAGAGAGAUGUCUCUGAGCAACAGGGUCACGUUUACCAAUUCAUUGGUGACAAACUGCAGCUUGAAGAGGCAAAGAUAACCGUUGCUAGAGUUCCCAGCAUCGGAUUGACCGGGGUUGCAGUUCGGUAUCCUUAUGCCUACACAGUUUCGAAAGACAUGGAGCUUGCGAAGUGGAACGUGGAAGACGAAGACAAAAAGCCUGUCAAACUGAAGUUCGUCAAAGGAGGUCGCAAAUACACAGAAAUUUCAAAAGAGCAAAUGAACAACGGACAUUGUGACGAGAUACUCACGGUGGCCGUGAGUCCUGACGGCAAGUAUGUUGUCACGGGAGGUCGUGAUAAGCGCAUUAUUAUUUGGAGCAGCGAAAAUUUGGCUCCGAUCCGAGUUUUGGAGACCCGCGACCGUCGUGGAGAGGUCUUGGGACUGGCGUUCCGUCGAAAUACUGACCAGCUCUAUGCGGCGUGUGCUGACCUAAAAAUCAGAACCUACAGUGUCAAUCAACAAGCACAGCUGGAAACGCUUUAUGGACAUCAGGACUUGGUUGCUGAUAUCGCUGCUCUGGCUCAAGAAAGAUGUGUUACCGUGGGGUCUCGAGAUCGGACUGCUAUGCUAUGGAAAAUAGCUGAAGAGACAAGACUCACAUUCAGAGGCGGAGACACGCCAAAGGCGGGCAUUGAUUUUUACGCGGAAGGUAGCAUUGAUUGUGUCUCGAUGAUUGAUGACACUCAUUUUGUCACGGGGUCAGACAAUGGCAACGUAUGCCUAUGGUCUCUGGCCAAAAAGAAACCUUUAUAUACAGAGAGACAGGCACACGGCCUCGAGCCAGAGAAGGAACCCUGGAAGGCCAGCGCCGAGAGCAACCUAGAAGACGCACAGUUGCAAGUGCCGAAACCACAGCCCUAUUGGAUCACUUCCAUUUAUGCCGUUCCUUACAGUGAUGUUUUUUUCUCUGGGUCGUGGAAUGGUGAGAUUAAAGUUUGGAAGCUGGAGAAGGAUCUGCGCAAGUUUGUUCUGGUCGGCACCUUGGAAAGGGCAAAAGGCGUGGUUACGAAGAUUGGCGCCCAUCUCGAAGACGAGCAAGUGCGGGUAUAUGCGUCAUUAUCAAAAGAGCAUAGGCUGGGACGCUGGAUAGACGGAGCAAAAGGUGGCAGGAACGCGUUGUACUCAUGUGUGAUAAAGAUAAAAGGUAAUUAA